AUGCUCUCGGCCUCUUUGGCCUUAUCCUGGGCUGCACAGUUUACCGCUGCAGCUCCCCAGGCUGUUGAUCUCCAGAAGCGAGACGCAAAGUUUGAUGAGGGAGUGCCAGAUGAUGGCAAAGGAAAGGGCGGCCCUAUCAUAGGGGGGACCAACAAGGAGCUUGAUCUCCAGAACCCAGACAACCUCGGUCAGCAGCCCACUGACAAUGGUAUUGUUCCGAACCUCAAGUGGAGUUUUUCUGACUCCAAGACGCGGAUCUUGAAGGGAGGUUGGGUUCGUGAGCAAGUUAUUCAGGACCUGCCCUCGAGCCAUGACAUCUCAGGUGCCCAGCAACACCUCAAGAAGGGAGCCAUUCGGGAACUUCAUUGGCACCGUGUUGCCGAAUGGGGUAUUGUCUACAGUGGCUCCGUUCAAAUUUCCGCCGUGGACGAGUUCGGCAGAUACCAAGUCGAGCAGCUCAACUAUGGCGACAUAUGGUACUUCCCCAAGGGCGCUGCCCAUACCAUCCAAGGACUCGGCGAAGAGAAUGAAUAUCUUUUGGUCUUUGAUGAUGCGGACUUUGACAAGGCUGGAACCACCUUCAUGGUCGAUGACUGGAUCAACCACACUCCAAAGCACAUCCUCGCCAAGAAUUUCGGAGUUGACCCAGAGGUCUUUGAGAAUGUCACCAGCCCGAACCCGUACAUCUUGCCCUCUGAGGUUAGCAAGAAGAAUGUCACAGAUGGGCCCGCAGGCACUCUAAACGGCGACAGCUCUUUCGUGUACCGCACUUUCGAGCACGAGCCUGAAAAGAUUGGCGGAACCGGCGGCGAGUUUUACAAGAUCGACUCGACCAACUUCCCCAUCAGCAAGACAUUGGCAGCGACAUUUGUUACGCUGAAGCCCGGAGGUCUCCGCGAGCUUCACUGGCAUCCCAAUGCUGAGGAGUGGCUAUACUUCCACAAGGGAACGGGUAGAGCUACCGUCUUCAUCGGCAACGCAGCGGCCCGAACCUUUGACUUUUCUGCAGGCGACACGGCCGCAUUCCCCGACAACUCCGGACAUUACAUCGAGAACACCUCGGAGACUGAAGACCUGGUCUGGAUCGAGGUGUAUAAAUCUGAUCGUGUCGCAGACAUCUCCUUGACGCAGUGGUUGGCUCUGACCCCUGCCGACAUCGUCGCGCAGACGCUCAACGUGACAAUCAGCUUUGUCGAGUCCCUGAAAAAGGAAAAGCAGGUGUUGAUCGAAUAAGGAGGUAAUUAGGUGGUUGGUGGAAAUGGAGGCUGGGGUUCUAGGCGCCUCGAUAAGAGUGGCGUGUCGAUUCAGCGCUUCAGACGGUCGUGUUAAUACUCUUCAAUGGCGGCAAAGUCGCCAUGUCUGGAUUUAAGGCAUUUAUAGUGCGUAAUUAUAAUCUCAAUGGCUUCAAUCUCGUUGAUUCGACCCAAACCCCGCAGCGAUGAAAGCCAGUGACUUAAUUCACUCAAGAUGUUGU